AUGGUGCAAUUCAUGGAGAUGAUGAUGAUGAAGAAGAAAAAUCCAGAAGCUACUGAUGAUUAUAGUGAGGGAUCGGUGUCUACCAAAAGCAUGGCUGAUUUUGGCAUGGAGUAUUCCAACUACUUACCAAGACUAUAUGAAAAUAUACUAGAAUGUGAAUCUAUACCAGAUGAAUGUGAACGGGAAAUUUCCUUAUUCCAGAUGUAUGGCGAAUUGCAUAAGUUUAUUGAAGUUGAGAGCAGAAAGUUGAAGAACACAAUCAUAGGUGCACGAAUGAAAUCGAAAGAGUUUCUUGAGCAGAAGUGGAAUUAUGAAGAAUACAAGUAUUUUGACAUUGAUGAAUACAGUGAAGACAUCGAUGAUUCGUUGAUUGAGUAUAAAAAGGUUAGUUUGUUCCCAUUAGUGGAAAAGUUUACAUUUUUAUCUGGUACCGAGAUGCACUACUGGGCUGGUGUAAUUAUGCGCAACAGUUGUCGUAGAAAUGCAUCAGGACUUCGUCAGUGUGGAAACUGUCACAAGUGGGAAGACUUUCCAAGACAAUUUGCAAAGUGUAAGCUAUGUAAAAGGGCAAAAUAUUGUUCUAAGAAAUGUCAAAUGGAAAGUUGGAAAAGUCACAGAAACUGGUGUUUGACAAGUUGA